UGGAGGAUGACGAUGUAAACAAUCUCAUGUUACAGCAUCAAGACUUGGUUUUCUUUUACCAAUGCUGAAUAUUUUAAUUAUAUUUUGAUCACAUUUACACAUUGUUGAAAAGAACUACACAAUGGUUAAACAAACAAUACAAAUUUUUGUUCGGAUAAAGCCUACAAGAGCGAAAAUAGGGCUGUAUGAUGUAGAUGAGGAUGAGGAAGCGUGUCCCCGACUGACAAUCACUGUCCCACGAGAACUGGCAAGUGGAUUUGUCAACAACAAAAGAGAAAACUACAAAUUUAGGUUCCAGAAAGUUUUUGAUCAGAAAGCAACCCAAGAUGAAGUUUUUGAUAGUGUGGGUCAACCUGUGAUUGACAAUGUACUGCAGGGCUACAAUGGUACCAUAUUUGCUUAUGGACAGACGAGUUCUGGGAAGACGUUCACAAUCACGGGAGGAGCUGAGAGAUAUAUUGACCGAGGAAUUAUCCCACGAUCUUUGUCCUACAUCUUUGACAAGAUUGAAAAGACUCCUGAGUUAGCCUUCACUGUGCACAUAUCAUACCUGGAGAUAUACAAUGAGAGUGGUUAUGACCUGCUGGAUCCCAAGCAUGAGGCUGCCAAACUGGAAGAUUUGCCAAAGGUGUCAUUGAUGGAAGAUUCUGAUCAGAAUAUUCACCUGAAGAAUCUUUCUGUGCAUCAAGCAUCAUCGGAGGAAGAGGCACUAAAUCUCUUGUUUUUGGGAGACACGAACAGAAUGAUUGCUGAAACUCCGAUGAAUCAGGCUUCCACACGAUCUCACUGUAUUUUCACAAUUCACCUGACUGCACGCGAGACGGGAUCAGCCACAAUAAAGCGAGCAAAACUCCAUCUUGUGGAUUUGGCAGGGUCUGAGAGAGUGGCCAAAUCAGGGGUUAAUGGCAUACUUCUUACUGAAGCCAAAUAUAUCAAUCUUUCCUUACACUAUUUGGAGCAGGUGAUCAUAGCACUGGCUGAGAAGAACCGACAGCACAUACCGUAUAGAAAUUCCAUGAUGACCUCUGUACUGCGUGACAGUCUUGGUGGCAACUGUAUGACCACAAUGAUCGCAACAUGCUCUGUGGACAAGAAAUGCAUUGAUGAAUCUAUAUCUACCUGCCGGUUUGCUCAGCGUGUAGCACUGAUCAAGAAUGAUGUCAUGUUGAAUGAAGAACUUGAUCCUAAGUUAAUGAUUGCCAAACUUAAACGUGAAAUUCAGCAGUUGAAAGAGGAACUAGCAAUGGCUACAGGGGAACAGAGAACAGAUGAGCUUACUGAGGAAGAACUAAACAGAUGUGAGGAAUCAGUGAAGGUAUUUGUGGAUGAUACAGAUACAGAUGCAGUGCUGUCAGUUGGAGCAGAUAUGAGGAAAAUACAGGCAUGUUUCAAGAUACUCAAGAGGUAUGUGUUUGAAAAAACUGGUGGAAGAUUGUCUGAGAGUCCUUCAAGGGAUGUAACCCCAGUUGAUAUUGGUCCUUACAGCAAUACAGAAAAUCAGAAGCUAAAAGACUUGGUUUUACAAAGAGACAACGAGAUCAAUAUUCUGGUGAACAUGUUAAAAAAAGAAAGGGCAAAGAAAACUAGUGCUGUGUCACAGUUGGAGAAUGAUGCUAAACCAGGUGUAUCAUACAACUCAGAUCAAAGGUUGUCGGACUAUACCAAUGGAAAUUCAGAUCACGGAGAUGAAAAGCAUAAAACAUUUGUGAAGCAUGAUCAGAGAAUGAAGUACGAAUCCAACAGGAACACAAAGCCUUAUGUGGAUGAGAAAACAAAGAAAAAGAUCUUGGGAAACCUGUCUAUAGGACGACAAGAAGCAUUUGACAUCUUUCUUGCUGACUAUGAACACAAUCAGUCAAUAGAAGACAACAAACGGACACUUAAGUUUAAAUAUGCAGAAGCUAAGAGUUUGGGUGAAGCUCUUAAUAAGUCAAAAAACAGAAUAAAUCAUUUCAAGAGCAAGAUAGAGCAAUAUAGAAUGCAAAUGGCUAUGAAAGGUCUUGCUGACCCAGAAAAUGAGGAUCCCAAUGAAGAAGAACAGGAAUUAAGACAUGCAAUGGAGGAAGAAAAACGCAGCUACAAGGAGACAUUUAACAAGCUACGAGGAAUGAAGAGUGAAAUAGAACAUUUGCAACAUUUACUGGAAAAGUCCAAAGUGAAGUUGAUGAAGGAUUUUGAAUUGUGGUGGGCAGACCAAUCUGCAUCUACUGGGAAUGUGCCACCAUCUAUGAAGAGUGUUGAUCCCAGGACUGCAUGGAGAACCCCACCACGCACCCCUCUAAACAAUCGCAACUACAGCCAGGAGAUGGUCUACCCUCCCAGCUCCGACUCUUCAUGGAAGAAGAUGAAUUCGAGCAGAUCACAGAGGAGUGUCUCAGACAAUGUCUUGUAUGAGGUGCAUCAUCACGGCAGCGGUGAGACCAGUGGAUACUCGUCACAGGGCUCUGUAGAAACGUUACACAGCGAGAAACCCAGGUCUGAGUGUGGAGACAUCCCACUAACAGGCGAUGCCAAAGCUGAUGCAGAUAUCAUGGCUUUCGUAAAAGCCAGGCAAAACCUCUUAAAACAGACUCACUUGGCAAAAAGAUGACAAAGUUUCCAAAAGGCAGGAAACUGAACUUACUGUAAACAAGCAGGCAAACCUGAUUAGUGGACCAAAUAGAUGGAUUCAGCCAUGUGUUGUAUCAAUUACUUCCAUAAAUUAGUGCUGGGGUGGCAUACAACAAACAUUCCUUUCCUCAGACAGUUACCAUAUAUUUAUAUAUAUUUAUUUAUACAUACUACCGGUAGUCACAGACUAAACAGUAUGGCUGGAUGUUUUUCUUCCUUGAGCAGUAUAAUGUGAUCUAUCACUUUAUCCACGACAGAGACUAGAAAUAAAAACUACCAAGUAGG